UCAUGCUUUUUUUCUUCAUGGGGACUUAUUAUUCACUGCUGUAUUGUUCUGUUUCUUUUAGGUUCUCUUCUGUCUGAAAUGGAGUACGAGGGUCACUUCAGACAGGCUCAGAGACCGAAAUACGAUUGCCUUCUUUUUGAUUUAGAUGAUACUUUGUAUCCUCUUAGCACUGGUCUUGCAAAAUCCUGCCUCAAGAACAUCAAAGAUUAUAUGGUUGAGAAGCUUGGCAUAGACAGAAGCAAGAUUGAUGACUUGUCCAACCUUCUGUACAGAAACUAUGGGACAACCAUGGCUGGUCUUAGGGCAAUUGGAUAUGACUUCGACUAUGAUGAAUAUCACAGUUUUGUCCAUGGAAGAUUGCCUUAUGAGAACUUGAAACCAGACCCAGUUCUGAGGAACCUUCUGCUGAGCCUGCCAUAUAGGAAACUGAUAUUCACAAAUGCGGACAAGGUCCACGCAGCGAAGGCACUGAGCAGACUUGGAUUAGAGGAUUGCUUUGAAGGGAUUAUAUGCUUUGAGACCCUCAAUCCCAUCCACAAGAAUAAUGUUACAGAAGAUGAAGAUGAGUUUGAGACCAACACAAGUCCCACAACAAGCAACAAUGGAUCUGAAAUAUUUGACAUUAUAGGCCACUUUGCUCAACCCAAUGCUGACACCUCAGUGUUGCCCAAGACACCAGUCAUCUGCAAACCAUCAGAAAAUGCCAUUGAAUUGGCUCUCAAGAUUGCAAAUCUAAACCCACAAAGAACUUUGUUCUUUGAGGAUAGUGUCCGGAACAUUCAAGCUGGAAAGCGUCUGGGCCUUCACACCGUACAGGUCGGUGCAUCUCAGAGGGCAAAAGGAGCAGAUUAUGCGUUAGAAAGCAUUCAUAACCUUAGGGAGGCAGUGCCUGAGCUAUGGGAAGCUGAUAUAAAAUCAGAAGUUGCAUACCCUGGAAAGCUUGCUGUGGAGACUUCCGUUACUGCCUAAGAAUCAUUCUUCUGUGCAAUCAAAUCUCUUUCUCAGUCAUUGAUCAUGUUAAAAUCAAACCCACCCAAAAAAAAAAAAAAGGGAAAAUCCAACCAUCAGAAGAAAGAAGGAGAAGAAGCCCUUGGAGAUUCCCCAGAUAAUUAUGCCGUAGUAAUCAGUAGAAAAUGAUGUAGAUGCUUUGCUCAGAUUAUAAUAAGUUGAUUAAUAAUAUUCCAAAAUAAGCAAAGUGCUCCUUUCUGGC